GAUAUGACUACUUGUCAUAUGUUAGGUUAUGGUACCGCUAACCUGGUAUCAUACGUGUUUACACUAGCAUAUUAUACCAUACAGUAUAUAACAUUAUUAAUAAUUUCGAUAGCAGAGUGUAUUUGUUGAUAAAGGGCAUAUUAUACCGGUUUUUGUAAGCAUCUAGUACUUCAAACAGUGAAACAAUGUCGCUCGUCAUCCCAGAGAAGUUUCAACACAUUCUUCGUGUCGUGGGCACGAACAUUGAUGGUAACAGGAAAGUCAUGUUUGCCAUGACUGCCAUCAAGGGUGUGGGAAGGCGAUAUGCUAAUAUUGUCCUGAAGAAGGCCGACAUCGACCUUGACAAGCGAGCUGGUGAAUGUUCCGAAGAGGAGGUUGAAAAAAUUGUCACAAUUAUGGCUAACCCCAGACAAUACAAAAUCCCUGACUGGUUCCUCAACAGGCAAAAGGACAUUGUUGACGGAAAAUACUCACAGCUUACGAGUUCCAACUUGGACUCAAAGCUUCGUGAGGAUUUGGAACGCAUGAAGAAGAUUCGUGCACACAGAGGUCUCCGACACUACUGGGGCCUCAGGGUACGCGGUCAACACACCAAGACAACAGGACGACGUGGUCGCACUGUUGGUGUGUCCAAGAAGAAGUAAUUUAAUAAUUAUGUAUUAAAUAAAAUAAAAUUUUUUCAAAUAUUGAA